AUGUUUAAAGGAUACCUUUCUUCUCGUGAUAGUUUCAUCUUUUCGUUCGAUGACAAUGUGACAAACUCUAUACUUUCUCGUGUCAAGAACUCAGAUUAUGCCAUAUUUAAUUCUGAUGACGAUUAUAUUGGAUUCGGUAGUGAUCUUGAAUGGUUCAGCGGAUAUUGCGAACAGUAUAAUUAUCAUGAGAAGAUACUUAAUCAAAGUGAUUUCACGAUGGAAAAUUUUGAAGUUUUCCAAAUAAUUAGAAGACCUAUUUAG